AUGGCAUACAACAAUGAGGGAAUUAAAAAAUUUGUACAAAAAAUUAUAGACGAAAAUGUCAUUGCUGUGUUUUCAAAAACGGAAUGCCCAUACUGUAUUAAGGCCAUCUCCAUUUUGAAAGGGUUUAAUGUUAAGAAUAUGCAUGUAGAACAAAUUGAGAAGAAUCCCAACAUGGCAGAUAUUCAGGCAUAUUUAAAAGAACUAACAGGAAAGAGUUCCGUUCCGCGGAUAUUCAUAAAUAAGGAAUUUGUUGGAGGAUGUGAUGACUUGGUAAAAGAGAACGAAGAAGGAAAACUCCAAGAACGGUUAAAGAAUGCUGGUAUACUUAGUUAA